AUGUUUGGAAAGUGCGCGGUUAUUUUGACCGUUUGUACAUACGGCGUUCUUGGAAGCGUUUUCCAUGGAAAGCGAUCGGAUUUCUCCAUGUAUGACAACCAAUUUUGUAAGUUAGUCUCAGUUUAUUUUUUUGUCGAGUUUUCAACUUAUUUUUCACUUUGAACAAAGGAUAAAUCAAGGUUUAAGAUAACCAUUACUUUGAACUUUGAAUCAUCAAGUCGCCUUGAUUGUUACCAGCAUAACAACAACUGCGAUUAUAAUUAGCGAUAAAAACAAGCCACGAAACAAGCGAGUGUAGAAUUUUCGCUCACAGCUUCAAUGCACGAACAGUAAUCAGUACUUUAAUUAAGUGCAAUGAAGCUUGUAAUUACUAUAAUUGCCCUGAACAGUUCCCGUUACCUUUAAACACAAACCUCGAGAUGUUUCGCGACUCCCCGUUGAACUAGUCUGUAGACGAAAACCUUAAGCGAGCAUUCAAAUGAAAGCUUAAAGGGGGCAAUUUCUAGCUUUUCUCUGUGUUCAAAAUUAUAUUUCUUAGAAUAUAUUCUUUUGGAUAUUGGUUUCUUUCUGAGAAGCUACGCCGGUCCUUCUAAAACCGUUUGUUUUGCAGAUCGAGUCGGAGACACUGAACUCGAUGAUGAGGUCACUGACUGCGCGCUUGUUGAACAUCAGUUUAGGAAAGGAUACAUCAGAUUAAGGGAAUAUUUAGAGAGAAAGAGAGGCUGUGGAAGGAAAGGUAAUUUGUAAAAACAACUGGAAUGCAGUUGAGUUGAUCGGGAGUGAAACUGUAACAAGCGACAAGUAUCGCGCGGAGGUGACAAUGUUUGGGCACCUGUAACAGGUUAUCUUGGCGGGUGCACGGAGAUUGUAUCUUCUCAAAAUUUUUGUGUUUAAAUCCGUGUGUAUUUGAUUUUGAAAGACAUCAGCAAAAGUAUUUGUGAAACUGGUUAGAUUAUAAAAUUAAGUAUAAGAUGAUGAGUCCUUGGUCAUUUGGCAAAUUUCCAUCAAGCCAGAGCUUUUAUAAGUCGUUUACCCAGCUGGCACUUUCUCUCUGAGUUGCUGCGGCCUUAACUGCUCAAUGAUGAACUGAAGACAAGGCUGUGAACUGCAGUCAGUUGGUGCACAGGUCGUGAGAGAACAAAAGAGAAAAGUAACAGUUACGUGUUUGUUUCUAGUCGCGCAGCUACUUCAGUGUCUACUACCAUGAAGGUCUCGUUUUUCUCCGAUAAAGCGACGCGGCGCCCACACAUCGCGGAUUAACAAGACUGAGGCGGUUCAGUAGGGUUAACGGUGAAGACUAUAAAUUAAACUUAUUUUCAAAGAGAAAAACAUGCUAUUUUUUUAAAUUGAUUAGAUAGCAAAUAUAAACAGGAGGACAAAGAAAGAACGGUGGAAACGAAAGCAAGGGACUGCCUCUCUAUAUCGGUUUGCAUGCUUUAAAACAAUUACAGUGGCUAUCACAAUCCGUUGCAUUAAACUGAAAAAUAUUUUUGAUCGUCUCAAUUUUAUUAUUUUUUUUAGCCUUUUUGCUUAAUGUUUUGAUUUCUUGGACAAAAGGCCUUCUUCCCUAAAAUGUACAAGUUGAAGUUUGGAUGUAUUGAUUUUACACAGACAAUGUGGGAAACUCUUCAAGUGUUCAAAAUCCAACAGUCCAAAAUGCUUCUUUCUUUGCAGGAAAACUACAAAACAUAGAAGGAAUAGCAGAGUCUACAGAAGAUGACAUUAACAACGAAAACAUCGCGGAGAUUGCUAAAUCAACCACAGAGGAUUAUCACUACCUUGCUUCUGCUUCAAAAAAAGCACCUAAGCCUAAAACAAUUCCUCAAGGUACCUGAUUAAAUGAGCACUAGAGAAAAAAGUAUGUCAAUGAACUAUGAACAGGGUAUCACAAUUCUCUAAACUCCUUUGGUAAAAUUCCGACACUGUAUUCUAUUACAAUUUUCGCCUGACAUAACAUUGGUUAAGUCCAUAGAUCUGGUCAGAAUCAUCUAGUCCCUCUUCUGUUAUUUAACGUGUCUUAAUACAGUAUUUACAAUAGCAAUGUUACGGCCUGCUGUUUCACUUAUGCCGAGUGUUAUUGAAAAUCAUGCUGCAGUUCGAGCAAGCACGAAAUAUUCAAACAGAAAAAAGUUUUUACUAUGGUCUAAAUAUGUUUUCCCUUAUAAGCACGUUGGUCACAAGUCUAUCUAUCAUAUCUGCACAACCCGCUCAGUGUUUGUUUUUUCUUUCUAUUAAGUUAUCAAGACCUACCAGUCUCAUAAGAUGGCCUAUGUACCGCACGCUCUGAUGGCAGGUUCGUAUUCUCUACAGAUCCAUUGGUUUAAAAUGGUUUAAGAUACCUUUCAUGCCUAGAUAAAAGCUUCUAUUUCUACUGCUACUAGCACCUACUAUUCAGGGUUACUAGAACAGCACUUAUAAAAAUUGAAACCAGUUAUUAAAAAAAUACAUUCUGAAUUAUCCUCUGAAUUCUUGCAGAGUUAAGGCACUAACUUGACUGAAACAUCGGCCCAUGCAAGGGAAUCCAAGACAGUUGUUUACCUACGGAUCACUUAAGAACUUGUUGAAACGUGUCUGAGCGCUCCAGAUCGAACUGGAAUUUGGAAGUGCUGGUUUUUAAGGAGAGGGAAUUUCGAACCCGGAAGGCGAGUGCUCUCACCACUGCCCCAUCCUUGCCUCACGCCUUGGAUUCCAGUUUUUGUCAGUGGAACUUGAAUUCUGGAUUCCAAUCGUUAUAAUUAGUGGGAUUCCGAAAACCUUGGGCUGUAUUCCGGAUGCCAAAGCUCAGGAUUGUGGAUUCCACAAGUAAAAUUUUCCCGGAUUCCGGUUUCCUCAACAAUGCUCAAGUAAAAAUUUAUUGGAAUCCGAAAUCCAGAUCUCCUUACAUGGAAGGGAGGUGGGGAGGGGGAGAAACUGAAACAAAAAUGAGAUUUUUCAAAGAGAGAUUUCAUUUUAAAGAAGAUUCCCCUUGUCCGUGUGAUUGUAAAUAAAAAAAGCAUGUUUUUUUUAACAGGGAGAGAGAUAUGUAUCUGACCCCAACAUGCCUUUUUUAUUUUCCUAUUUAGGCCCUGUACCAAUAUACACACGUCCUGCACAACAUCCUGCCAUUCAAAGCGCAUUCACAAGAGACCAAGCAGCCAGACCGAGUUUAAACGCCGAUUAUGAACGCAAAUCUCAAAAUCUUGCUCUGUCGUUCGAGAAAAACCCUCAGUUAACCACAUCCAAGUCUGCCCUCCAGAAGCAGAAUACGUUCGAGACAGAGAGCCCGCAAUCGGAGACUGUCAGUGCGGCGUUCAGCAAUGAUGAUCAAUACACGCGGCUAGCGUCAGGCUAUGACCAAUACAAAGCUCAACCAAAGCAUGAUUUACUUCAGACAUUUUACCCCAGCACUCUUCAAGAUCGCUCCAAAACACGCUUCACCGUAGCUGUUGGACAACCCCUCUAUAAGACACCGACAUUUUCCAAAGCUCCAGCACUAAAUGGUGCACAAGACAUGCCAAACAAAGGUUCGGCAAUGAAGAACUUCGGUUACUCUGCCUUGAAGAGGCCUGUCAUUGCGAACGCGUUCAAUAGCGCUCACGUUAAACCUAAGAUAAACAGCAAACCGGCCGAUGUAACCAACUAUUCUGAUGAAAAUAUCGAUGACGCGCAUGCUGACAUGCGCGAUCCAGAGAAAGAUGCAGACAAUAUUGACAUUGGUUCUAUUGAUCAAAAACCCGCUCCGGAGCCUGGGAUUGACAACGAAAAACCAGUCAACGGUGCCACAAACAUGCCAAGUAUACCUGUAGGUCGGAGACCUGGUAGUGAACUAAGACCUAUUAAUUCAAACUCAUUAAGCGGCUUCCAAAAACCAGGUAUACAGAACAUUUCUGUAGUGAAAGGAAGUCCACUGCUUGUAAAGAGUCCUAUAAAGAGUGCUUCACCGGCUGUCAACAUUCCCCACCCAUCAAUCAACCUCGAGGUCCUCAAAAAUAAAAUCAUGCACAGCACCAAUGCAACAUUCUUGCGACGCAUGCUCACUCUCAUCCAAAAGAUCACUCAUCACAAAGAUUAUCAGAAGCUCCAGGGUCCCGCAAGGAGCUUUGUUGCGCAAGCGAAUACAGCUGUCCAAGCCCUUAACAAAGCCUACAACGAGCGGGUCUCGACUACACCUGUUGGCUUUGCAGAGACAAGUAACCCUCUUUACGAAAGUGCACUGAGAAAGAAGUCUACAGUCCAAACGGGGCUAAAUGCGGCGGGUUACAAUAACAGAUUGCCUGGUGCUACCAACCAGUUUUACGGAAAUGAUUUUGCGCUGAGAAAAAAGUCCGCUGUUCAAGCACUUAACAGCGGGUUCAACAACGGAGUUGCGAUGUCAACGGCCCCUCAGAGAGCUGAUAACCAGUUUUACGGAAAUGGGUAUUCGUUAGUCAAAAAGUUUCAAAUUGAAAGAAAUCCAUAUUACCAGAACUAUUAUCAAUACAGACAACCAUACUACAGAAACAUUUUAAGCAUGCGAUAUGGUUUGUACAACGGCAAUACACCAUAA